AUGAAGUAUGAAGUUACAUCGAAAAUUCUGGAGGACCCACAACCCGUACAGGAGUUGCCAUAUUUUAUUUAUACACCAUGGAAUUGGCGAAAUCAUUGGUCAUAUUAUUUGCUAUAUGGGAUGACAAGUUUUGCAGGUCACACCUCAGCCAUGGGGACUUUGUCGAAUGAUUUGUUGCUGUAUGCUCUGAUAUCACAAAUAAUAAUGCAUUUUGAUUUUGUGGCCAAGAGCAUGAAGGGCUAUAAAAUAAAGGGGAGGGUGGACAAAUUUACAAUUGGAGAGGUGGAAAAUCGGAAAUCGGAUAUGGAGGUUGUCAAGUACUUCAUUGAGUAUCACAGUAAAUUGUUGAGCCUUUCAGAACGUUUGAAUGAUAUAUUUGGUUUACUGCUGUUUGUCCAUUUCGCCUCAGCCUCGGUGGUAAUUUGCUUAGUGGGAUUUCUGAUGACAAUUGGCACCUCGUUUCUUAGCCUCUUCAAACUACUAAUUUUCCUGCUCACAAUGCUUAUUGAAUCGGCUUUGAUAUGUUACUCGGGGCAAGCUUUAAUGGAUGCGAGUCUCAAUGUAUCGACAGCAGUUUUUACCAGCGACUGGUUGCGAAGUGAUGUUAAAUGUCAGAAAAUGUUGAUACUAAUGUCUAAACGGGCCCAGAGACCGGCCCAGCUGAAAGCUACCACUUUUAUAUGGAUUUCACAGGAAACAAUGGCGGUGCUUAUACAGAUGUCCUAUAAGUUUUUCACAUUGUUGAGAACAAUGUAUGUAAAGAAAUAA